CGGCGCCAGAAAACUCCAUAGAAGGAAAAGAACGUGUCCCGAGUGUAGUAGACCGUCGAGGAAACCGGCCCAGAGCAGGCGGCCUAAAGUGAACGCAACUGCCUGCUGACGUUCUACCAGACAACGGCCGGAAGUUUGCUGCACACCUACGAGUUCACGAUGCUCACAUACAGGCGGUAGCUGUAACAGGAAGAACAGGAUUGUUACGACAUGUAGCAAAACGCGCUAAUCCGUGAAAAAAACCGCCUAGUACAGUAACGAAACAGAAAAACGUAUAUGGCACAACUGAAAGAGUGAAUCCAACUAGCACACUAGUUAGUGCAUCCCGUAGGCCGUUGGACUAAAAUCCGGAAACACAGGUUACAACGCCAUUAGUUCUGAAGAACAAACCAGAUCUGACUGAAAGUGACGCAGAUAGCAAAGAAGUUUAUCAUAAUGUUCGAAACCGGAUAUCUCAGCCCUAAAUAGGAGACAAAGCAACGUUAGGCUCAAGGUCGACAUUGCGGUGAAAAUGCCGGAUGCCACUGCUAGUGAAGGUGCUUCAGAGCAAAGGCAAGUUGCCACGCAGGUGGCGAAGUCACCUAAGAGUCAUCCUCAAGCAGCUACUCCUACACAGCACCUUAGCAAAUCUCCAUCCAGAGGACAAUCCCCUUCUCCAGAACGUGCGAAUAGUCACCGACUAGAAAGUAACCGAACCUCUCCCAGCUCGACAUCGGAUUCGACACCUUCUACAGGAGUAGCUGAUGUGCAAGGAGGCGUUACUCCAGGAGGCCCAGGACCAACAGGAACUUCUUUAGCAAGCAUACCAGGAACUGGAAGUGUUCAGAAAAUCAACAAGAUUCGGCGUGUUUUCACUAUUAUCAGAAAUUUCUGCGUGGAUGUGUCCCCGUCAGCUGGUGAAGUCGCUACGAAGUUCAUCUGCUCGCUUGUGUGUGCGACAAUCUCGCUCGAGGAAUUCCGAUGUCGUGUAGCGGAAUUAACUGGUCUUCAUCUGAAAGCGUUUGUAGUACCUUUUCUGCGAGCCAAUUUACCGGUAUUACAGACACAACUGUUAGCCCUUGCAAAAGCAGCUAAACAGUCUUCACUCGAGUACCUCAGCACACACGAGCACUUUCUCAUUGAUGGAGGCACUUCAGGUGAACCUCUUGAAAUCUUUGAGCAGCUGCCACCUCGAAAGAGAAUGUAUACAGAAAUACAACGAACAACGAACGCGGAGCCAGGUAACAAACGGACGCGCGGAGGGGAACCUGAAGAGGAUCCCUUCGAUGCUCGUCAUUCAGAAGAGGCAUUACAGAACGUCAAUCAGAUGUUGGAUUGCAUUUUGGCAAUGGUCGAUAAAACUAAGAAAACGCUCUCGCUCUUACGAAAACGUCAGGACCCGCUGUGGAACAUCCGAAUGCCACUUGAGUUGGAACUUAAACGACGUAUUAUCCCAAACCCUCUGCCUCACUAUGACAUUGGCCUACUGGACGUCCGUCGCAGAACCGAGGAAGCCGUUCAAGAGGUGCGCCGGCAAGCCAUGUUGGAGUUAGAAAAAGCCGUCACCGCUGCCGAGUCUCGAGCAAGUCAGAUGAUCGCGUUGGAAAGGAGUAAACUGGAAACGCUUAUUCUUGAGGCAAAACGACAAGCGCAACAAGAAGUAUUAACCCGUCUCAAUAAACAUCACCACCAAUCCCCGGAACCUCCAGGCUCUAAUGAUGCAAUGCUUAAUUGUUGGAAUUGCGGCCGAAAGGCGAACGACACGUGCAGUGGGUGUGGCCUCGCGCGCUACUGUGGCGCGUUCUGUCAGCACCGUCAUUGGGAAUCUCACCAUAAGGUGUGCAAAGCGCUACACCUGAGUCGAGCACCUCAGCCUCCGAUAGCUAGCAGUGGCACAAACUCUGCCAGUGAUAUUAACAACCUGGGUAAUCUAUGCAGUAUAAGUGAGAUCGGAAACUCAUUGGCCUCUCUUCCGAACCUAGCAACCACCGCUUUGCCUUCAGCUCUACCUGCCGUACCAAGCUUGCCGGCAACGCUGCCGACUGACUCUACUUCUGACGCUCUACGGGCACUUAAGGAAGAACGUUCGGAGUAAUUGCCAAUAAUAGGUGGCCAGUUCAUGCUCUGUUACGGGCAGACGAGAGAAUGUAACAUCGGGUAUUGCCUAGCAGCAUAGCAGCAUUCUAAGGCCCAAAGUAUCCUCUUCAAACGUCCAACGGGAGUGUUACUACUGGGAUGCAUGAGAUAGUUGUGGAAAUUGAUCUACAUAUUGGCAAAACUCAACAUCAACUGCAGUUUUCGUAAUCAAAGACGGAAACGAACCUUCGACGGCCUAUUUAAAUAACACAACAGCAAGCUAGAAAGAACGAACAGAAUCAGACAAAGGUCAAAUAGAGAUGAGCGAGCACUGCAGGAAAAUAUAAAAUAGAUAAAAAACCUUUACUUCGUCCUAUACGGAGUCCCUAGAUCGGAUAAUGGCAAAUCUUCUCUACGAGCUGUGCUCCAUCUCUCCAUCUGUCGUCUUUGUUCUGUUUUCAUUUCGUAUAGGACGCGUAUAUGCAAGAUGAAUUCAGGACGAGUUGUAUAUGUAUAUAUAUAUAUAUAUAUAUAUAUAUAUAUAUAUAUAUCUUUACCGGGUCGAUUCGUAUGGAAUCGAUAGAAGUGGUGCUUAUUUCAAAAUGCUUUUUACAUCUCUUUCGCGUAUAUUGUCAAUCAUUUCUCUGCUAAUAAUAGAAUAUGCCCAGUUCUGGCACAAUAGUUAAAAUUGAAGCUUAUUAACUAGUCACAUUAAUUAUAAUUCAUACAACAUUUUCCGCAUAACGGUUUACGAUACUUUAUAUAAAUUUUUAUCAGAAGCUUACAAAACAUCAACAUUUUUAAGAAUUUUCAUAAAAGGCAUUUUGAAGACAUCUAUCUAUAAUAAAGUCCAUGUGCAUUUGCACCCGCUGCAAUAAUUGUCCCGAAUGGCGCACUUUUUUGUGAGUAGACUUUAUAGCAUUAUAUAUAUAUAUAUAUAUAUAUAU